CUGUGAACUAAAUUCUGUGUCAAACAAACAUUUUGACUGAGGAAUAAAAUUCUAAAAAGUUAGAUAUUUUAAUAUCUUAAUGGAGCUCUUCAUGAUCGAAGCAUUCGCAGAGGCUAAAAGGGUUCUGGCAGCUGGUGAAGUACCCGUAGGCUGUGUUUUUGUUUUGGACUAUGAUGAUAAACUCCAAGUUAUUGCGCGCGCUGGAAACGACGUAAAUGGCACUAAAAAUGCCACUAGACAUGCAGAAUUUCUUUGUAUAGAUCAGGUCAUGGUAUUCUGUAAGCGAAAAAAUUUAAAAGAAAGUGACAUUUUAUCAAAAGUUACUGUUGUAGUGACUGUAGAGCCCUGUAUUAUGUGUUCAGCUGCGCUGCAUGAAUUAGGUGUUAAGGAAGUGUUAUAUGGUUGCGCCAAUGAUCGGUUUGGUGGAAAAACUUUAGUUGAUGUAUCAUACGUUACAAACAAAACGCACGACAAACUCCAUGUGAAUGGAGGCAUUUAUGCUGAUGAAGCUAUGACCCUGUUGAAAGAUUUUUAUAAAGGUGAAAAUCCAUCUGCUCCAAUAACAAAAACUAAGAGAUGAAUUCUCUACGAUUGUAAGAA